UGAAUCCAGGAGGCGGAGGUUUCAGUGAGCCAAGAUCGCACCACUGCCCUCUAGCCUGGGCAACAAGAGCAUGAAACUACAUCUAAAAAAGAAAGAAAGAAAGAAAGAAAAUCCACCUGUAACCUUUGACUCCCAAAAACUUAAUAGUCUUCUGUUGACCUUACCAAUAACACGGUUGACUAACAUAUAUUUUGUAUGUUAUAUGUAUUAUAUCCUGUAUUCUCACAAUAAAGUCAGCUGGAGAAAAGAAAAUAUUAAGAAAAAUUAUAAAAAAGAGAACAUUAUUUAUUAAGUAGAAAUAGAUCAUCAUAAAGAUCUUCACCCUCAUUUUCUGCACAUUGAGUAUGCUGAGGAGGAGGCAGAGGAGGGGUUGGUCUUGCAGUCUCAGAGGUGACAGCGCGAGAAAAAAAUCUGAGAACAAGUGGAUCCAUGCAGCUCAAUCCUGUAUUGUUCAAGACUCAACUGUAUAUUUUUGCAUACGGGCUCAAAUACAUACACACAUAUGGCCAUGAGUCAAAGAUUCAUAGAAUGAAUUAGACAACAAGGAUAUUUAUCACUGAAUUGAAAUGGCUGACUGCAAAACUGCCUCAACUUACCUCUAGGCCUUAGAAACAGAAGUGACCCUUUGCUGCUGUGAAGCAAUAGCCUGGACUAGAUUGGGGUUGGGCUGGCAGAGGUAUGUAGUCUUUGCCUCAGUCCGGUAUUCCUGCUCAAGCAGUCAUCACUAGCAGUCACAUUGCUCAGACAGGGCCUCCCGGCUCUCCCCACCACUGUCUGCUGGAUUGACACCACCGGUAGAUCAGAGCUGGCAAGAGGGGUAAAUCAGGAUGAAACAUUUGGGCACUUUGCAGUUUAGAGGAACUUUGGGGGUGCUGCUUUAGUAAAAAACAGAAGACUUGCAUUUAUUAAAGGUUAAUAAGAAGUGAAAUCAAGUAUGCAAAAAAGUACAUUAUAAGUUAGAAAAUACAAAAAAGGCAGAAACUAUUUAUUUAUUGGUUGCUCUGCACUUUACUUAAGUGGUUUUUGAUCAUUUCACAAUGUGUAGGAGUUGAGUUUUACCUUCAUUUUAUGGAUGUGGAAAUAGGACUUGGAUGUUAGGUAACUUGCCUAAAUCUCUCAGCUAACAGAAAGUGGCUUUCCUGAGUUGCCGGGUCUGUCAGACCUCAGGCCUAUACUCUUUGUAUGAGUUCAUGCUGACUCCCAGAUGACAUGCGAGGCACGUAAAUUAGAUAUUAUACCAAUUUCCACUAUAGUUAACAUUCUAUCUAAAUAUAAAGUGAGACCAUGGUCUUAGAUGAAUGUGGCUAUUGAGAGCAGCAACAAUCCAGAAUGGCUACUCUGAUCUAUGUCGAUAAGGUUGGAGACCCAGGCAUUGGUGUGGCCGCUAAGGACGGGCUAAAGCUGGGGUCUGGACCUUCAAUCAAAGCCUUAGGUGGGAGAUCUCAAGUUUUAACGCCAUGUUUUGGCAAAACGUUCGAUGCUCCACCAGCCUUACCUAAAGCUACCAGAAAGGCUUUGGGAACUGUCAAAAGAGCUACAGAAAAGUCAGUAAAGACCAAUGGACCCAGCACACAAAAACAGCCAAGGUUUUCUGCUCAAAAGAUGACCGAGAAGACUGUUAAAGCAAAAAGCUCUAUUUCUGACUCUGAUGAUGCCUGUUUAGAAAUAGAAAAAUUCUUUCCCUUCAAUCCUCUAGACUUUGAGAGUUCUGACCUGCCUGAAGAGCACCAGAUCGCACACCUCCCCUAGAGUAGAGUGCCUCUCAUGAUUCUUGGUGAGGAGAGAGAGCUCGAAAGGCUGUUUCAGCUGGUCCCUUCGCCGGUGAAGAUGCCCUCUCCACCAUGGGAAUCCCAUCUUGCGGUCUCCUUCAAGCAUUCUGUUGACCCUGGAUGUUGAAUUGCCAGCUGUUUGCUAUAACAUAUUUAAAUGUCUUAGUGCUUUAGAGUUUGCGUGUAAUUGUAUUAACAAAGCAAUCUUUGUUUAACAACAAAAUAAAUGAAUAACUAGAAAGUGGGUCAUAUUCCCCUUUAUAUGCAUCUGUCUUAGCUGUUCUUUGAUUCUGUAUUCCUUCCAUGCUAAGGCCCCUACUCUUUGGGGAUAUGUCAACAUUAUUUACUUCUGUAGAGAAACAGGAGACAGGAAAUAGCAAAGGAUAAAGGAGAAAAGGCCAGGGUCAGGUCAGGAACUUCCUACAUCUUUUCUUCCCAGCCUAGUGUGAGCCAGAUGAAACCCUUAAGGAGGGCCUAGCAGCAAAGGGAGAGAAUUAAAAGAAGAAUGGGAAUUUUGUAGAAUGCUAAAAAAAAAAUAGGGAACAUAUUUGCAGCUAGGACUAACUGACUAUCUUGAUUAUCUUAAAAUAUCUGUAUGGCUAA